AUGCACGCGGCGCGGGCUUUUGAAGCCCCCGCUAUACCUCUCAACUGGACGACGCUCUCCACCUGCGCGGUCGACAACCCCGCUCGCAUCCUAGCGGGGGAUGUGACCACAGUGACCGAGGACAACAGUCCUGCGGCUUGUAUCACCUCGUGCGCUGCGGGUGGUUUCGGCUAUGCCGGCGUCGAGUUCGGGGACGAGUGCCACUGCGCGACGGGCCUCAAGGCUCCGCUCGACGAGGGUACCGCGGCAGUGUGCGACAUGGCUUGCCCUGGCGACGCGAACUUGUCCUGCGGUGGGGUGUGGAGUAUUCAGCUGUACACGGUCCCUGCUCUUCGCCCCGGCAGCUGGGCGUACCAGGGAUGUAUCGUAGAUACUGUCGAGACGCCCGCGUUCGCGACCGUCACGCUGCAGAACCUCGCCUCCAACCUCGACCUCGUGAACCAGUGCCUUCAGGCGUGCUCGCAUGCAGGCUUCUCGUUUGCGGGCUUGGAGAAUGCCAGCGAAUGCCAGUGUUCCAACGAAGGAAUUACGGCGGGCGCGACGAAGGCCAACGAGACGGAUUGUAACUCUCUCUGCCCCCUCCCGGGCGAUGCGGGCUUCGAAAUUUGCGGCGGUGUGGAGAGGUUGGGCGUGUACAAGUUCAUUGGGUGA